AAUGCAUUCACAUUUUUUAAAUAAUUUAACUGUAUAGGCAUGACAACUUUGAACAGACUGCGCUUUUUAUUAACUUCUCACCGAUAUAAACAUGCAAACAAAUUAAUAUCAAACGGACAAGGUGUUAACAUUACCUCACAUUCAUGUGUCUCUCCAUCACGACCUCUCAGCUUUAACAGUAAGGACAUAAAAGAGGUUUUUUAUCGUACAGCAGCCAAAGGACACUUGACACUGAACUACAGUCAGAUGUCAAAGUGUUUUUGCACUGUUUCAGUCAAUAGACUCUGUUGGAAAUGUGGAUCUCCUGUAGAAUUAUUCUUCUGUUCAUCCUGUAAAGUGAUCCAACCUCCGGAUGAUGACAAUACGAAUUAUUUUGACAUCAUGAACUGUGAACAAACAUUUUCUUUGGACACCCAAAAACUUCAGAAAAGAUAUGUGGAGCUUCAAAGAUCUCUUCAUCCUGACAACUUCAGCCAGAAAUCAUUGAAAGAGCGUGAAUAUUCAGAAAGACAAUCAGCACUUAUGAACAAAGCCUACAGAAUGCUACAGAAACCCUUGAGUCGGGCUGUCUACAUGCUGGAGCUGAAAGGGAUUUUACUUGACGAGGGUAUGGAUGCCACUGUGGACCCUCAAUUUCUCUUGGAGGUCAUGGAGGUCAACGAGAGCCUCGCUGAGACUCAGGGCCAGGACGAGGUCAAUGCUAUCGGGCGGUCGGUGCGAGAUAAACUGAAAGAUUUGACUAAACAGAUUAAUUCAUCGCUAAACAAAGGGGAUCUGCAGACCACCAAAGACCUCCUGACCCAAAUUAAGUAUUACACAAAUAUAGAGGAGAAGGUGAAAGAGAGACUUACAGAAGGUUGAUAAGGGAGCGAAAAUAAUUGUAAACAAAUGUCCUUCAUUUGUCAGCUACAGCUCAGUGUAAAAUUUCACCCUUGUGCUCAGAAGUUUUAUAAUAAAAUUGUAUGAUUUUAGUACAUAUUUACUGCUUUAUUUGUGUAUUAUUGUUGA